CCGGAAAGGAAAUGAAAGGAAAGGGGAUGGAGCCACCAACCCAGCCAGACAGACCCGGAAUUCCGUGCCCUGCCCCCCGCCUGCUCGACUCGACUGAAUAAACUCCGACUCCAAAAGCAGCAGCCCCGCGAUUCCGAAUCCAUUUUUCCAAUCCAGUCACCACUCGCUCGCUCCUCCUCCUCUCCGACGGCGAGGAGACGGAGAGGCCUCGGCAGGGUUGCGGUGAUCUCUUCUCCUUCUCGCGAUGGGGGACAUUGCCAAGGACUUGACAGCCGGAACCGUCGGAGGGAUCGCCAAUCUGGUUGUUGGGCACCCAUUUGACACCAUCAAGGUCAAGCUCCAGAGCCAGCCCAGCCCUGCUCCAGGCCAGCUUCCUAAGUAUGCCGGCGCCUUUGAUGCUGUCAAGCAAACGGUUGCGGCCGAAGGGCCCAGGGGACUGUACAAGGGGAUGGGGGCUCCUCUUGCUACUGUUGCAGCCUUCAACGCUCUUCUGUUCACUGUGAGGGGCCAGAUGGAGACUCUCUUGAGGUCAGAGCCCGGGGCUCCAUUGACGGUAAAGCAGCAGGUCGUCGCUGGUGCUGGUGCUGGGCUUGCGGUCUCCUUCCUGGCAUGCCCAACAGAGCUGAUCAAGUGCAGGUUGCAGGCCCAGAGCUCUUUAGCUGAAGCAGGUGCUGUCUCCGGCGUGGCGCUACCCAAAGGGCCAAUGGAUGUGGCGAGGCAUGUCAUGAGGGACGCUGGCAUCAAAGGUCUGUUCAAGGGCAUUGUCCCAACAAUGGGCCGUGAGAUCCCCGGCAACGCCAUAAUGUUCGGCGUGUACGAGGCCGUCAAGCAGUACAUGGCUGGUGGUCGGGACACUUCAGGCCUCGGCCAGGGCUCUCUCAUUCUCGCCGGGGGCCUCGCCGGAGGAGCCCUGUGGCUCACGGUGUACCCAACCGACGUCGUGAAGAGCGUGAUCCAGGUGGACGACUACAAGAAGCCGAGGUACUCGGGGUCGAUCGACGCGCUCAAGAAGAUCGUCGCGGCCGACGGGGUCAAGGGCCUGUACAAGGGGUUCGGCCCCGCCAUGGCACGCAGUGUCCCGGCAAACGCCGCCACCUUCGUGGCCUACGAGAUCACGCGGUCGGCCAUGGGCUGACUGGCCCAAGGUGCCGGCGCCGCCCUCUCUUCUCCGACGCGGCUGAAGCGGCGUUACACGGAGCAACUGAGAGAGAAUUCAGGACCAUGGCAAACAAAAGAAAAGAAAGGAAAUUAACCAUUCUUCUUUGCUGCGGCAUUGUUUCCGAGAACCUUGCAAUGACUGGCAGCAAUGGCAGAAUCAUUGGUGAUAAUAAAGGUUGAGCUUUACA